AAAUCCGUUUCAAAUGGAAGCUCGAAAGAGAACACAAAUGGGUCCGAAAUUCAGUUAAGCGAUUCAUCAAGCACUUCUUCAACGACAGUCAACAAAAGCGGUUCUGCUUCUAACACCUCCGUUGUUGUUGCUGCUUCUCCGUUGUCACCAAAUCACUGGCGAGCUCGGCUUAAUAGCCUUCGGAUCAAUUUCCUAGGUUCACCUCGAUUUCAUCGUAAAAAGACUACUGUGCCGCACACUCCUCCCGAAAGUCCAGUUGAAUAUGGCUCUAGAAUAUUGUCGAAGAACUCCUCACGUCCUAGUUCAACUACAACACCUGAGCCUUCUCCACUGCUCAGUAACAAGUCAUGGUUUGAAGGUUUCCUUCCACUUAGUUUGCACAACGGGAGCUCUAAAGCUCAUAAUCGAAAUAAUAAUCACAAUGGAAGCGCUAGUGGAAUCAAGGCACCAUCUACCCCACACUCUGGUCGUCAUAUCUUCCGCGGAGGUCAAAAGAUGCCGAUUGUUUCACCGCAACUUUCUUCAAUCAAACAACCCCUCACCCCUCUAUCACCAACGCGCACUUCGCAUCAACCCAACACGCCUCAACAGAUUCACGUCAAUAGGUCACUCAUUGCUCCUCGAAAGUCACUUGGGUCAGGUCAAAAGUCAGGAAUACCACUACCCAUCACUUCAGCUAUGCAGACUGGAGCUUACACCAGGGAGUAUGCUCUGUCGCCUGAAGAAACUAACCACGUUGCUAUGGUGAAAGGACGCCCAUUCAAUAGGGUCAAAUCAGAAAUUACACAGGUUAGUACUUUCAAUGAUAACUUUAUUAUUGUCCAUUAUUUUGCAAAUUAG